ACCGACUCAACGCGUUCGGUAAUUACCCCACAUGAAAAUCAGACUAAUUACGGCAAAUGUUUAUAUAGAUAAUGCGUGACUCUUUUGAUUUCUGGCAGGAUAACAAUUGAAACCCUCGGUUCGAGAACAAGCCAACUAUGGAUCCCGGGAUUCCCUCCAAUCCUCCUUCGCGCUCCUUGGCCGGAAAGGCUGCUAUCGUGACAGGUGCAGGCUGCCUAGGUGAUGGAAUUGGAAAUGGGCGCGCGAUUUCAAUCCUCCUUGCCGACGAUGGCUGCGACGUGAUUUGCGUCGACCUCAACUUGGAGUGGGCCAACAAGACUGUGGAGAUAAUAAAGUCCAAACCUGGUCGUGGACAGGCACUUGCAUUUCGAGCAGAUGUUACAUCGGCAAAAGACUGUGAAGCGGCGAUACGAUAUGCGAUUGAAGAGUUUGGGCGACUGGAUAUCCUAGUGAACAAUGUCGGAAUUGGCGGCGCAGCGGGUACUGCAGUGGAGGUUGAUAUAGCACAAUGGGCGAGUGGUAUGGAGAUCAAUGUUGCCAGUAUGGUACAGAUGAGCAAGUACGCCAUUCCGGCUAUGAUCCGGAAUAACGGUAAGAUUAAAGGGAGCAUCGUGAAUAUGGGGAGUGUCGCUGGCUUGAAGGGCGGUACACCUCAUCUGCUGUAUCCGACUUCCAAGGGUGCCAUAGUCAACAUGACUCGUGCCAUGGCGGCGCAUCAUUCCCCUGAAGGAAUUCGCGUGAAUUGCGUGUGUCCCGGUAUGCUGUAUACGCCCAUGAUGUAUGGAAACGGCAUGAGCGAAGAGGCCCGGGAGGCUCGUCAAAAACGAAGUUUGCUAGGAACUGAAGGAAAUGGGUGGGAUUGUGCUGGCGCUGUGGUAUUUCUGGCUGGUCCUCAUGCUCGGUGGAUGACAGGAGUGAUUCUCCCUGUUGAUGCAGGAACAACGGCUGCGGUGGGAAUCGGGAUGACCAAGAGUGCGAGUGUUAAUGCGUAGCCUGGAUUAUUUUUAUACAGGUUUGAAAUUGGAGUAAAUUGACAUUUAAGAUUGC